AUGGUUAUUUUCGCCAGAUCCACAGCACUCAGAUCCGCGGUAAGCCACCUGCGGCAUAUCUCCACCGGCAGUACCGCAGCGCCCGUGCCCAGUGGGCUCUCGCUUUCCUCGCUGUCGCUCAGACGUGCAGUAUUCUACGUGCCAUGCAGCGACGAGCGCAAAAUAGCCAAAUCCUACACGUCCGCGGCUGACUGCAUAAUGUACGAUCUCGAAGACGGCGUUUCGCUCAACCGCAAGGACCAAGCGCGCUCCCUCGUCCUCCAAGCACUCUCCGAAAACCCAACCAAUCUGCUGUCCAACGAGGGAACGGGCAUACAUAAAAAGAGAACCGAGUUGGGCGUGCGGAUUAACAGCGUGGGGUCGGGGUUGGAGCAGCGCGACUUGGAGGUGGUCCUGGAGUCGCCGUACCUCGACACCAUCAUGGUGCCCAAGGUUGAGCGUCCGGAGGAUCUCCGGGCCAUUAUUGCCGGAAUCGAAACGGCGCUGGGACUGUUGAACAUUCGCGAAAUCGCCCAGGCAUCUGAGCACACGGAUGCGCUGCUGUUUGCUGCCGAGGAUUACUGCGCAGAUACUGGCAUUCUGCGCACGCCUGGCCGCAGAGAACUGUACUAUGCGCGGUCGGUGGUGGCGACCACUGCCCAUGCGUUUAGGCUGCAGGCGAUCGACAUGGUGACGAUGGAUUUCCGCAGCCCACAGGGUGCCGAGAUGGGGUUCACUGGGAAACAGGUUAUUCACCCGGCGCAGGUUGAUGAGGUGCAGAGAAUGUUUGCGCCGCCGGCGGAGGCUGUUCGCCGCGCGGCAAGGAUUGUCGAAGGGUACCGGGUCAACUACGAGGCUGGCCGUGGCGCGUUUGACCUGGACGGCAAGGCGAUUGAUAUGCCGGUGGUCAAGUGGGCGUACCGCGUGCUGCGCCAGGCCGAACUGGCCGGGAUGACGGUCGAGUGA